AAUUUUUGGGGGCUGCGUAAAAUUUGGUAUAAAAAGCUAAAGUGCAUUCUGAAUAUUCAUCAGUUGAAUUUGUGAACUCACAUAGCACAACACAGACCUUCCCAAAAAACAAAAAUCAAAAUGUUCAAGUUGGUGGUGUUGUCUGCUCUCCUCGCCGUAGCUGCUGCUGCUCCAGGUUUCAUUGCGUCCCAUCCAGUGGUGUACUCGGCACCCGUCGCUACAGUUGCCGUGCACGAACCCGUUCUGACCAAAGUGGGUGCCGUGGUGAAGAGCAUUCCCACUUCGUACUCCCACCAAAGCCAAUCGGUUGUGCACAGCUCUGCCCAUGUUGUUCAGGAUAUUGUUGCACCAGUUGUCAAGACCAGCUAUGUAGCCACUGCUCCAGUUGUGCAUACCUAUGCUGCUCCCAUUGUGAAGACAAUCGCUGCACCAGUGGUUCUGAAAUCGUGGUAAAUAGUUGACGCCGUGAUGAACUAGAUGAAAGCUUGGAUUAGUUGUUGGACCGUGAUAUCAUUAUUAUUUACUUUGGAACUGCCCAUUAUGUACCUAAUUUUUUUGUUGAUAAAAUUAAUUAAAAGAUAAAUUUAUUCUCAUAAAAUUAAAGUUUUUUAUACAAACGUCGAA